CUGUCAAAUUGCAAAACGGGAUACAAGCAAAGCGCAAAUUGAUGUGUGUAAAUUUCUUGUACAAGCGAAAAUAUACUUAAUUGAUUAUUUAUUUUUAGUUUAACGCAGCAAUAAAAUUAGUGUGAACGACGAUACAGUGACUACUACAUCCAGAAAUUUGUGAACCAUAACAAAUUGUAUUGUGUGAAAGGUGAAUUAACCGUACGGAAAUGAAGUGGCCGUCGAAAAAUUUUCAUUCGAAAGUGGAACAAAAGUUCAAAAAAUGGUAAAUGAACCAAGUGAAAUAACAUUCUCAUUUCCUUUCAGAUAAAGCUAGGCUUUCGUAUAGCGUCUAAUGGCGACUUCAGCACACAUUUCUAGAUAAAAAUCAACUUAAACAAACGACAAAAUGGAUGAGGUGGCUAUGAUACAGCGAGCGAAUGAAGAACGCGAAAAAUUGUUCAAACGGUACGAUGACGGCCGGGAACAGCAUAUUGAUCCAUGGGAAGAUCCUGGAUUCGAAUUGUACCAUCAAACGGACAGAUACGGUUUUAUGCAUGACAAGAGACUACCACAGAAAAUCGAUCCGAAUGAGAAGAAGGCUCAAGAAAUUGAAAUGGAACGCGUUAAAAAGUGGCUCAAAAUGACUGCCAAAUGGGACAGCAAGAAAACGGUAGAUGUACUUCACAAACGAAUUUACAAAGGUGUACCAGAUAAGAUGCGAUCACGAGUGUGGAUCAAAUUGCUGAAUAUUGAAAAGACUAUGAACGAGAACAAGGACGUGUAUCCGAAAAUGUUGAGCUUAGCUCGCCAGUGGAGCACCGAGGCUCGGCAGAUAGACUCAGAUGUCAAUCGACAAUUCCGUGAACAUUUGGACUAUCGAGAACGAUACAGUAUUAAGCAAAAGAGUCUGUUCAAUAUACUAGUAGCUUACAGCAUGUACAACUCAGAGGUUGGCUACUGUCAGGGCAUGUCUGGCGUUGCCGGUGUUCUUCUUAUGUACAUGAACGAAGAGGAGGCAUUCUGGGCAUUAUGCACAAUACUAUCCGAUAAACGUUAUGCUAUGCAUGGUCUGUACAUCGAAGGUUUUCCGAAGUUGACGCGCUUUCUGGCUCAUCAUGACAAAAUUAUCGCAAAAUUUUUGCCGAAACUGAAGCAACAUUUCGACCAGUACAAUUUAGACUCCAUUCUCUAUUCGUUGAAAUGGUUCUUCGUAAUAUUCAUCGAGAGGAUUCCGUUCAGCUUAUGCUUACGAGUGUGGGACAUAUAUCUGUUGGAUGGUGAACGAGUUGUCACCGCCAUGGCAUACACAAUUUUGCGUCUUCAUAAAAAUAAAUUAUUGAAGCUGAAGGACAUGGACUUGAUAGUACAGUAUUUACAGAGCAAACUACAUAAGGAUUUCGGUUACGAUGACGAUUUUGUCAUCAAAUCACUGGAACAAUCAAUGGACGAAUUGCGUAAAGCAAAAAUGGAUCUACCUCCUCCAGCGCAACCAAAUGAAUUUCCGAAGAAGAAAUUCGGUUUGUUUGUUGAACCAAAUUUUGAAGCCAAAGUUGGUAUCAGAAAAUCGAUAUUUUCUGACACUGAGAGACAGGUGACUAGUACCGUUAUAUUGCAGCGCGAACAGACCGCUCAAGAAAUAGCUGAAUCUCAAUUAAAUCAAGCGACAUCGAUUGGAUCGAAUACGCAACUUAAUACUGGAAAUGUUCCUGAGUCCGAAGAUGGAGGCUCGCUGAAUCGAUCACUACUCGGCAGUAGCAGAAAAUCACUUGCUGACACAUCUGUUACUUCCACCGCAGAUUUGAGUGUAUUCUCCAGUGGACAAAGAUCACAGCACGCAUACGAAAUAUGUGUCGAUGAUGUGCGCAGUGUUCACAGUGAAAACGAUGCCGAAGGUGAAAGUAGCCCUGGGUCGGCGUUUUGUUCACUCAGCAUAGUUGGACGAACACCUUCGGCAAUGAUGAUAACGCCAACACCACGAGCUAUUUCACCACAAGACAUUGUUCGAAUCUAUGUUCCUCCAGCACCACCAGACGAGCAGAAGCAAAUGGAUGCGAAAAAGACAUCGCCGACAAAGAGUGCAAUCAAAAAGUCCUUUGGUGGAUCGCGUACGAGCCUAGCAAGUCUGGAACGGACGAACGGUUCGGUCGACGGUUAUGCCAGCAAUCGAAAUUCGAUAAUAAGCGGCGAUGCGACACCGAUUCGUCGUAGAUCUCUGUAUCGAUCGGAGGAGGAGCUUUUGAAUCAUUUUGGUGCAACAAAAUCAACAUCAUCAUCGCGACGAGGUAGCCUGGGUAGAAAGUCGCCAUCGAUGACUUUAGAAUCGAAUUUAAUGGGAUGCAGUCACAUGGCCAGACGACGAUCGUCGGAUCUAAGCAAUAAGGUGCACAUGAGUUUAGAGAAUAUAUCAACGAGCAAUACUACAACGGAGUAUGAAUCGCCACCGAAACGAAUGACUUCGUUUGAAGAAUUAGCCAAGCAAGACAGAAUGUGUUCAUCCAUGCGUAUAACGAAAAGCGAUGUCGAGCACCGGUUCACGCCGGACGACGAUAAUUUUUCGUUUGCACAAUUUACGAAGGUCAAUUCUCCGACGGCCGCAUCGUCGAAAUUCGUUAGCGAAAGUAGUAUUCAGUACACGGGCUUUUCGUCGCCAAUCGAAUACAAGCCGCUCAAGCACAGACCGUUGAGCAGUUUCGAUGCAUCCAGUCCGUCGGACGAUGUAGGUAAGUUAAAGUACAGCCGAUUUUACAGCAGUAUCGACGACGAUGAUGAGUAUCCAGCUGACGAUAAGAAAUCAUCCGACGAAUCAUCGACUAGUCCGAAUGCAAAAUCAAUUUUAUCAACGCCAGUCAAUGAACAAAUUCCGUUGUUAUCAUCACCAUUAAUACUAAAUAAGCCGUUGGUCGGCGACGGCAUGAAGUCACCAGUGACAUUCACAUCAUCAUCGUCAUCAUACACAAACCGUAAAAUGCAUACAUCGUCCACAACCGUAUGUAAUCUGCCCUUAAUGUACCAUAGUCCUCAAUCGCCAAACGAUGAUGUGAAUUCGAUUUUGGGACCGAUUGAAAUAACACAACGGCAAAAGUCGCCACAAAGUGAUACGGUGAACAGUGAGUUUGACGAACGUGCUGACAUGGGACGAUCGUACGAAUUCAAUAUGAAUCACAAUCCAAAAUCUCAAACCAAAAAUAGCAAUGCUGAUAUGAAUAAGAUUCGCAUUAAAAUUAAUCAAAAUCAAAGAAACUAGUGCUUCGCGGAAAUGAUUGAGUCACUCUUUCGCUCUCUCUCUCUUCUUUCAUUUUUUAGUUUUUUGAUUUUCUGUUGAUUUUCAAGACUUUGAGUUAAAUUUUUUUUUAAUUAAAAAAUUUGAAAUUAGAUUUAAGAAACACACGAACACUUUGAUUUCCUUCGAAUAUACCCGCCCCUCCAAAAAAAAAUUUAUUAAAAUAGAUCCAAGGCUCCAACACCUCAUUUUAUCGAUAAGAAAAACGAAAAUGUUUGGUAUAAAUGGGCCACCACAUCAGAAAAUGUACAAAUUUUUAAAAUGAUUAUUUAGAGAUGUAUGUUGUUGGCUGAAUGUAAAUUCUUCAUAGCUUUGAUUUGAUCACUUUCGGACAAAAUGAUUUUCUUCUUCUUUCAUUUGACGACAUAUGUUAACGAUAUUGUCUGCUGUAGCAGGUUUAAAAGCAGUCGCCCUCCGAACAGGCAAAAAUAAUUUAAUUAAAAUCGUUAAAUUUGAGAGAAGAAUUGUUUUAGUAAGUCACCUUCAAAAGUGGAGCCGAAUGAUCAUUUUGGCUGCAGACGCUUUAGUUUCUAGAAAAGUGAAAAGACUCUGAGCUCACAAAAUGUACAGUCAGAGGCAGUGAAAUUUCAGCAUGAUUUUACUUCAGCUGUUUUUCAGCUGAUCCAUACAAUCAAUACUGUUUUAUACUCGUUUAUACUGUUGAAGCUGCUACACGCACGCCCGUGGUAGUGGUAAAACCGUUAAACAAAUUUUAUUGUCAGUGUGGAUCAGCUGAAAAACAUUUAACGCAAAUUCAUGUUGAAAUUUCGCGUCUUCUAACUGUAAAAUGUCACUCUGAAUUGCACCGAGUAUAAGUAAUUUUCAAACCUGUAUCGGGUCUCAUUAUUCUCACAGUGAAAUAGUUAUCGUUUUUAUAAUCCAUCCGAAAGGGCUUUCAAUCAGCCGAUACAAUUGAUAAACCGAACUGGUGUGCAUACGUUAUUUUGCACCAGCUGGUCUCAUUCAAUUCCAAAUGGGACCAGCUGGUGCCAAAUGACGUAUGCACACCAGUUCGGUUUAGCGAUUGUAUGACAUUCCCAGCACGAUCCACUAGCACAUUCGAAUCUCAACUGAAUUGUAUAGUUUCGUAUGGAGCUACGGAGACAAAAAUACCUUUGUGGCGUGUGCAGUUUGCAAUCCAAGGUCGUAACACUACUCUUAACACCAGGGCCUACUUUUUAGAAACUUUUAGA